AGAAAUUAAAGUGUAGUUGUUGCUGCUGUACGUGCUGUGUUGUGUAUCAUACUGUUCAUUGAUUUAUUAAGUGUUUACAGUUAGGCGCUCGGUUACACUGGGAAUACUGGAACACUUCAACCAGCUGCCGAAUCCACUUAAAGAAAGGAAGUUUUACAAGAACAAAGACUCAAAGUGAGCGCAAGUUUGAGGAAACAGGGAGUGACUGAGCUGUCGGCCUGCUGUGUUUUCAGUUUCACUCAGAGACUAAAUGGCUUCAAGAUUAGAGGAAGAUCUCCGCUGUCCUGUCUGCCAUGAAGUCUUUAAAGAUCCUGUCAUCCUGUCAUGUACCCACAGCUUCUGUAGAGACUGUCUGCAGGGCUACUGGAGACAGAAACAAGAACGUGAGUGUCCAGUUUGUAGGAAAAUAUCUUCAAAGUCAAAACCACCUUUAAAUCGGGUGUUAAAGAACCUGUGUGAGAGUUUCUUACUGGAGAAAGAUCGGAGAGCUUCAGAGGCUCGCUGCAGUCUGCACUCUGAGAAACUCAAACUCUUCUGUCUGGACCAUCAGCAGCCAGUGUGUGUCGUCUGCAGAGAUUCAGAAACACACUCCAACCACAGAUUCAGACCCAUCGAUGAAGCUGCAAAACAAUGCAAGAAGGAACUUCAGGAAACUCUGGAGCCCUUAAAGAAGAAGAUAAAGGUUUUUAAACAAGUUAAAGUGAAGUUUGAUCAAACAGCAGAACACUUGAAGGUCCAGGCACGAUGCACAAAGAAGCAGAUUAAGGAUGAGUUUAAGAAGCUUCGCCAGUUUCUAGAAGAGGAAGAGGAGGCCAGGAUCGCUGCACUGAGGGAGGAAGAGGAGCAGAAGAGUCAGAGGAUGAAGAAGAAGAUGGAGGCUCUGAGCAGAGAGAUAGCAGCUCUUUCAGACACAGUCAGAGAUACAGAGGAGCAGCUGAGAGCUGAAGACGUCUCAUUCCUGAUCAACUACAAGGCUGCAGUAGUAAGAGUCCAGCAGAGCCCCCUGCUGGAUGAUCCACAGCUGCUCUCAGGAGCUCUGAUAGACGAGUCCAAACACCUGGGCAACCUGAGCUUCGACAUCUGGAACAAGAUUAUGGAGACGGUCUCCUACACUCCUGUAAUUCUGGACCCAAACACUGCUCAUCCAUGCCUGACCCUGUCUAAAGAUCUGACCAGAGUGAGAGUAGGAGGAGAGUAUUCGCAGCUUCCUGAUAAUCCAGAGAGGUUUGAUUCUCAUCUCUCUGUCCUGGGCUCUGAGGGCUUUACUUCAGGGACUCACAGCUGGGAGGUCAAGGUUGGAGACAGUAAAUACUGGGCUCUUGGUGUGUUAGCAGGGUCUGUCCAGAGGAAGGGAGACAUACAGUUAGGAUUAUGGACAUUAAUGUUCUAUAAAGGUAAAUACGUAAUGCUGUCACCAUCAGAUCCAGACAUUGAUCUACCAUUUAGGAAGAAGCCCCGGAGGGUCAGAGUGACUCUGGACUGGAACAUAGGAAAGCUGUCGUUCUCUGAUCCUGAUACGGACACACGCAUACACACCUUCACACACACUUUCACUGAGAAGAUGUUUCCAUACAUAAGAACUGAGGAUGAACUGAAGGUCUUACCAGCGAAGGUCUUUGUGACUGUAGACAUAGAUGCAGAUAAACAUCUCUUUUCCCUCCUUGAGUAUUUGGGGAACAUGUCAUCAUGUUGUCCUGAUGAUGUUGUUGGAUGUUAUUGUUUGAUGAUAAUAUCUACAGUAUUUCAACAAAUAAUACGUCAAAGAUAUUAAGAUUUUAAAACCACAGUCAAGCAGACUUUGACAUGUAGGUUUUCCAAUUCACACUUUGUUGAGCUCAACUGGCUCCCUGUGGAGUCUCGUGUUACUAUGUUAAGACUGACCAUGACUAAGAAAAUAUUGUUUGGUAGUGUCCCAAUUUUUUUGUUGUGUCUUAUAACUAAGGUAAAUAAUAUUAAUAUUAUUUACUCGUGGCAGCAUAUCUGACCUGUGUCCUUAUAGAUUUAAGACAGUGUUAGGGAAGGGAACCUUUGCAUAUAUGGGGGCAGUUCAGUGGAACAAGUUAGAUUGUCAUAUUAUAUUCAUUUCCAGCCUGAACUCUUUUAAAAAGAAUAAAUUAAAGGGCAAGUUACUAUUUUUAUUUAUUUAAGAAAAAUGUUUUUAUGUUAUGUCAUUGAGUAUCUUGUCUUGUCCUGAUGUGUGUUGAGGACCACAAUGGAAAUAAGUCUUGGACUUUAUUGUGUUUUUAUCCUCGAUUGUAUUUGAUGUCCUUUUAUCAUGUGUAAGGCACUCUCUUACAAUUAACUAAAUCAAAUCAAAAUCCAGGAUCUUAAUCGAGAAACUAGGUUUUCUGAGAACACCCUGGAUCAGGUCUGUUGAACUUCAGUCCGUGUUCCAGAUUUGGGUUUUAUAUAGUACCAUGAUCCAGAUACAAUUGGUGAACUUGGAGAAGAAACCAGGUUUACAGCUGCGUUUACACAACUUACUCAUGUAACAUCAUCCAAAUUAAUCACUCAUGUGUCUGUAUUACUUAUUAAAGGUGCUUUAGGCCACUGGUUCUCAAACUUUUUCAGUAAUGUACCCCUUUUGAAUUGUUUCUUUAAGCCAAGUACCCCCUGACCAGCGCUAAUCAUUUUCGAUAGAAAAAAAAGUGUAUAUAAAGAGGAAGAAUACAGCGCUGUCAACAACAGCCUUGUAACUAAAAAAACAUUUAAAUUACCCCAGGUAAUAAGGUUAUUGAACGAUAGCACAACAGGAAGGAGGGCUGUGGUCUGAACUUAGUCACUUAUGUAUAUUGUGUUUGGAUAUUCUAGAUGUUUUUAAAUGCUAUUAUGUUUUAAAAUUGUUAUUAUUGACUGGUGCAGAGAGAGUGCUAAGGCACAUUGUAUUUCAUCGCUUCAGAUACUUCGUACUAAUACGCAUAUGACAAUAAACUUGAACUGAACUGAACUGUACUUUUGAACGUGCACGUUCCAAAGCAAGUUCCUUUCUGAGACUAUUUAGCAGAGGCACCGUGGCUCCGUCCAGAGCUUAGCCCCGCCCAAGAUGAUUGUGAUUGGUUUAAAGAAAUGUCAAUAAACCAGAGCACAUUUUACUCCCAUCCCAGAAUGCUGUGUGGACUAUCC